CUGCAUAAACCCUGCUGUCUUUCUGGCUGGCUGGAUGCCUCAUCAUCGUCAUUAUCAUUAAUCCAUCCGAUAUUAAGAAACAAUCCAACCAAUACACACGAAUUCGUAGCCGUCAAAUGGACUCUGAUUAAUAGUCACCACGUCAGCCACACCUGGAUUCAUGAACCCCAAAUUAUUAAAUAAAUAAAAAAAUCUGCUGCAAUUUACAGCUCUCUGCUGCCUCGCACCCACAUGCCUUAUUCUCAUGAAAUUGCAGCUCCGAGGGCCUUCUCCCCACCGUUUUCCCCUUCUCAGGACACCAAAAAUACCCAUUUACCCAUCAAUAUCCUCUCUUUUUGGCUUUUCCCAAUUCCCCCCCUUCCGCAUGUAUAAAUAGCCAGCCCGCUCAAAUCUCUCUGCUCACCCAACAACAAUUUUCUGAUACAGAGGGAGAGAGGGAGUGUCUGAGUCCUUCUCUGCAACUUUGCCACCUUCUGUUUCUUCUUUUCAGAGAGAGAAAGAGAGAGGAAAAUGGCGAUAGGGAAUUUGAAGGAUGUGGAGAGUGGUGAGAUUACCUACGGCCUGGAGGACUUGGAGGAGCCAUUGAUGAAUGGCAAAGUUGUGAGCUGUAGCAGUGGGGAAGAAACCGAUGGAGAAGGAGAAGACAGCAGCAAUGGGUCGAUAGGAAUGGUGCUUCUCAGCACUGCUGUUGCGGUUUGUGGCUCUUUCGAGUUUGGCUCUUGUGUUGGUUACUCUGCACCUGUUCAGUCUGCAAUUAGUGAAGAUCUCAACCUCUCUUUGCCUGAGUACUCCAUGUUCGGCUCGAUACUGACAAUUGGAGCCAUGCUUGGAGCUGUAACCAGCGGCAGAACUGCAGACUUCAUCGGCCGAAAAGGGGCAAUGAGGAUGUCUGCUCUGCUCUGCAUAAUGGGAUGGCUGGCUAUCUUCUUCUCCACGGAAGCUUUUUCACUAGACAUUGGAAGGCUCUUCACAGGAUACGGGAUUGGAGUUUUCUCUUACGUGGUUCCUAUAUUCAUAGCAGAAAUCGCUCCGAAGAAUCUCCGAGGAGGUCUCACUACACUGAAUCAGCUGAUGAUCGUUGUUGGAGCUUCCACCGCCUUCUUACUUGGCUCGGUCAUUACAUGGAGAUCUCUAGCACUAACUGGUAUUCUGCCCUGUAUUUGCCUGCUUCUUGGUCUGUUCAUCGUUCCAGAGUCUCCCAGAUGGCUGGCAAAAGUUGGCCGGGAGAAGGAAUUCCAAGUCGCCCUGCAGAAACUCCGAGGCAACGGCACUGAUAUCAGCCGGGAAGCUGUUGAAAUUCAGGUUAACCUCGAGGCGCUUCGGGCUCUCCCAAAAGCAAGGAUGGUUGAUCUUUUUCAACCAAAGUACAUUCGCUCCAUGAUUAUUGGAGUGGCACUAAUGGUGUUCCAGCAGUUUGGAGGGAUCAAUGGGAUCGGCUUCUACGCAAGUGAAACAUUUGCUGCAGCUGGGCCUUCUCUGGCGAAAAUCGGAACCAUAGCAUACGCCUGCAUCCAAGUCCCGAUCACUGUCGCCGGAGCAAUGCUGAUAGACAAGUCUGGUAGAAGACCACUCAUCAUGGUCUCUGCAACUGGUACAUUCAUCGGCUGCUCCAUGGCUGGAGCUUCCUUCUUUCUCAAGGCAAGUCCCUCUGUACAAUCUCCUCUCUUCUUCUUCUUCUUAACGUUUCCCCUCCUUCACAACUGUUCCUAACAAACCCUCUUUUCCGAACCAGAGCCACGAUUUGCUGCUCGACUGGGUACCUAUCCUAGCCAUCUCCGGUGUACUGGUCUACAUUUCUGCAUUCUCAAUCGGAAUGGGAGCAGUCCCCUGGGUGAUCAUGUCCGAGAUCUUUCCGAUCAACAUGAAGGGAGUCGGCGGGAGCCUGGUGGUGCUAGUGAAUUGGCUGGGCGCUUGGGCAGUCUCGUUCACGUUCAACUUCCUCAUGAGCUGGAGCUCGUCGGGGACGUUCUUUCUCUACUCCGGGUUCUCGAUCAUGACCAUUCUCUUCGUCGCCAAGUUCGUCCCCGAGACCAAAGGCAAAACGCUGGAAGAAAUCCAGGAAUCGAUUAACAGCUCGUAGGCGCAUUACGAGAUCAGGAAUUUGUAGAAAUUUCGAUUGUAUAGUAUUGAAUUGGGCAUUGGAACCCGCCAUUCUCACAUAUCAAAUGGAGGAGGGAAGUCUCUCUGAGACUGGGUUUUACGGAUUCUGAGGCAGAGAUGGGGGAGAGAUUGCGAAGGUCGCCGGCGGAUGGUUGGAAUGAAGAAGGAAUUAGAAGGUCGGCGAGACGGGAACUUCCGGCGAAUUGCCGGCGGUCUCAGUGUAUUUUUGUCUGUUGUUGUACUGAUGUUAGUAGACUGAUGAAAGUGAAAGAAAAAAAUAUCGAAAUUGGGCCGAAUUACGAUUGGAUCUUUUUAUGAACCUGCUAAAAUAUUGAAAUUGGGCUGAAAUAUGAAAUGGAAUAAAACCCGCCCACGCGGAACUCAAGGCGCGUGAUACCAACUCGCCAUCUCCCAAUUGUAUAAUAAA